AUGCACGAUAUAUUUGGCUCAUUGGUGCACGACAGCAAUAACAUUGCAGAAGGGAAUGGAGCUUAUCUUAGAGAACAACUGCUUCAGCAGAAUGAACACUCGCCUAUAUCUUUCCCGUUCAAACUAAAUCAAUUUCAGUAUCCGGAUAUUGAUGAUCUUACAGAUUUCAAACAGCCAGGACCACUUUUUUCAGGUAUUGUAACCUUUGCCCAUCUCCCGGAAGAUGAAUGCUUCUUUGCGAGGGAGCCAAUGGAUAUUGCAAUUGUUGGAGCUCCAUUUGAUUUGGGAGUUUCAUAUAACAGUGGAGCUAGAUUCGGACCAAAUGGUGCUCGUCAAGGAUCACGAAGGCUGCGAGGAGGAAUCAGUCCAAUAAGAGGCAAUUCUCGGUCUUCAAAACUCAGAGGUAUCGACCCUUAUAAUUCAGGACUUAAGUUAAUAGACUGCGGAGAUGUUCCAAUGACUCCGUUCGACUCCAGGAUAGCUUUGAAUCAGCUUUAUCGCGGUCAACAUGCCAUCCAUAAACAUCCAAGCUUCAAUUCCACGCAGUUUAAUAACACACGUAUUGUGACCUUGGGUGGCGAUCACACAGUCACUUUAAUGAAUUUAAGGUCGGCAUAUGAAACUUUUGGAGAUCCAGGAGGGCUAGCUGUAAUCCAUUUCGACGCUCAUAUAGAUACAUGGGAUCCAAAAGUUUUAGGAGGAGGUAUUUCAGAUUAUGCCAGUUUGAACCACGGUACGUUUCUACACUUUGCUGCUGAAGCUGGCUACGUAGCCAAAAAUCACAGCGUACACGUCGGAAUCAGAGCCCCAUUCAUUUCUGGGACAGAUGAAAAGCAUGAUGCUGUGGACUGUGGCUUCAAAACAUUCACUUCCAAGGACGUUGAUUUGUACACCGCAAAGGGGAUCGCUGAAAAAAUUAAAACCAUUGUCGGACAGCGUAAAGUCUAUCUGACUUUUGACCUUGAUACAUUUGACGUUGGCUACAUCAACUCGGGUACCUUGGAAGCUGGAGGACUCAGCUCAAGAGAAAUCUUAACGAUUUUAGAUGGUUUGGAGGGAAUCAAGCUAGUAGGUUGUGACGUCGUGGAGGUCAGCACUGCACCUAAUACUGUGAAUAGUGCUAGCACAGAGCUGUUAGCUGCUCAGGUGGUAGAUUCGAUGUUGGGGCUGAUGACUGUGUUCGACCAGCCUGAGUAG